AUGUUGAAUCCGAUGAAUAAUGAAAUGGAGAACAACAUGAGAACAAAUCAAUCUCAUGUGCAUACAUUCAAUGAUCAAUCAUCGCUAUUGCUUAAUGCAAAUCCUCAUGCAACAUCAGAUACGCCACUCUCAUCUGAACAAUUACGAGACAAGCUACGUAAACAAUUGGAAUAUUACUUUUCCAAAGAAAAUAUCAUUAAUGAUAUCUAUUUACAAUCGCAAAUGGAUGCUGAUAAUUAUGUACCUAUAUCAAUGAUCGGAAAUUUCAAACUUGUCAAACGCCUUACACAUGAUUUACAAUUGAUUAUCGAUGUACUGAAAGAAUCGCCUUUAAUGGAAGUUGAUAGUGAAGAGAAAAAAGUUCGUUCUUCUGAUAGCAAAAUUCAUCUUCCGACACGAAAACGUUGUAUUAUUAUUCUACGUAAUGUCCCAUUGGAUGCAACUGACAAUGAAAUCUUAGGCUUAUUUAUAAAUGACUCAUGUCCAGUUGCAGCAAUUGGAUGUGAACGAGUACUGGAGUCUGAUCACUCAGAUUGCUGGUAUGUGACCUUUCAUAGUGAAGAUGAUGCCCAAAAUGCAUUCUUGUAUCUUACACGAGAGAAUAUUUCGAUACGUGACCAAAAAAUUCUGGCACGAAUGAAAGCUUGUCUUUGGCAGAAGCCUCCAAUACCAUCGAAUGAAAGUUUAGCAAAACCAUCUCCAUCGUCGAAAUCUUCCAUUCAGGAAUACUAUACGCCCAUUUAUCUCCCAUCAGCAGCACCUCCGACGAAUCACAUCACUCCAGCACCAUUUCUUCGAAAUUUAUCUCAACAACCAACAAUCAAUUACCAUCCGACACAAAUCCUCCAACAACAGCAACGACAACAUGUGCCUUUGAAUUACAACGUUAAUAUGUUACCGCACCAACCGACGAUACCAACCGCACUUCCAUUUGCAACAAAUAAUCCACACCAAGUCAACAUGAAUUUUUAUCCGCCGACACAUUACAUCAAUCGAAACCAUCCUGUUUUUCCAACAAACUUUUGGUAUAUACCAUCCGCAAUAGAUUCAUACUCCUCAAUGUUCAUUCCUCUCAAUUCUUUGAUAAGAACAUACAAUGGCAUUCAUAAGCCGAAAACUCGAUUGACUGCACCUAAAUCUCGUAAACCGGUUUCUCAUCACGAUGGAGCGAAUGCAGCUAACAGCAACCUAGCCAACUCGUCUCAAAAUCAGAAUGCAUCGAGUGCGGAGGAAAGUCAUUCAACAGUGCCUUCUUCUGAAACAUCGUCCAACGUUCCUACCAGUACAAGUAGCAGUGGUGAAACAAAUAAUGAAAAUCACUUCGAUCAGGUUCUAAAUGGCAAUGAUCAAUAUCAAAAGGAAUAG